AUGUACUGUGUAGGGCAAUUGAGUAUUUCACCUUCGGCACAAUGGUCAGUGAAUGCCACUACUGUAGUUGGAUCACCCAUCGGAACACCAGGAUCGGCAUCAUCACUACUCAUUUCAAACGGUGGCAUUUAUAUUGCAGACAAUGGUACUAUCUAUAUUUCCGACAGUGUUAAUAAUCGUAUCGUCAUUGUAUCUCCAAACUGGGCAACUGCUAGUGCAAUAAUCGGUAGUGGCCCAGGCAACAGUCUGACCCAACUGAACUAUCCAACCGAUCUUUUUGUCACGAGUUUUGAUAUCUACCUACUCGAUUCAUAUAAUUAUCGAGUUGUCGAAUACAACAACAAUGAAACUAAUUCAAGUAUUGUAGCUGGACCCACUGGUGUUUCGGGUGGCACAACGGAUUUCAAUAAAUUUGGUAUAAGCUAUCAAAUAUUUGUUGUUGUUUCCGGUAAUCUCUAUGUAAGUGAUCAAGGCAAUCAUAGAGUUUUACGAUUUCCAUCAAGUUCAUCAAAUGGUACAAAUGCUAGCAUUGUAGCGGGUACAAGCACAACCGGGGACGGGUCAAAUGUACUUUUUUGUCCAUACGGCAUAUUUGUCGAUAAUGCUCUCACCCUGUAUAUUGCUGAUAUGUAUAUUCAUCGUAUUUAA